GGGGUCCCUGAAGUUCCGCCUUCGUCUUCUUCCAUCACGAGUUAGAGAUGUCCAAUCUGUGCUGCGCUCCGAGGUGUUGCUCCUUCGAAGAUUGGACAUCUCUAACUCGUGAUGGAAGAAGAGGAUACAGGCGGAACUUCAGGGACCCCUCCGGUGACGUUUCUCACUGUGAGCUGCGACCUGCCGCAAAACGGCCUUUUACAAGGCCACCCCGAUGCGCCCGCUGCUUUGCCUUCUGGCUCUGCAGCCCUGCCUCGCGCGUCGGGCCCGACUACGACCCUGCAAUCGCCCACGGACUCGACUUCGGAUACGGACCGACCCCCAGCUUCUGUGUGGAGCUUCGCUUCACAACCACCCGCGGACCAGGAAAACGGCCUUAGUCAAGGCCACCAGAUGUUUCCAGCCCCCGGCGGAGCCCACCCCGGCCUAGCCGCCGCCCGGCCUUCUAACUCUGUCGCCGCCCGGCCCAGCAACUCCACCCCCCCGGGACUUCCCCUCACGGGGACGGAGAUCAGUGCCUGGGGGAAGACCGCUGCUGCGGUGACCCGAGCGGGUGUCGACCAACGGAGCGCCACUGCCACCCCUGGCGGAGGCCCGUUCGUCUUCACUGGCGGCGAGGGGAACAGUUGCCAGGCGAACCCCUGCCCGUCGUCUGGAGAAAACGGCGUUUCUCAAGGCCACCAGACCACCAACAAGAGGCGAGCGUCUCCGACUCCUCCUGCCGAGCGGAAGGCCCGCAAAACCGGCCGAGACACCUUCCAGACACCCGCUGACUCCGACAUGGAGGAUGAUCCGGCCCCGACGCGGAACGAGCCUCGGCCUCCGCCUAUCCUCCUGGACAUGCCGCGGAGCUGGCCUGCCCACGCCGUCGCCAUCGGCCAACUGGUUGGUGGCCAAUUCGACGCCUCAUGCACGGGGAAAAAUCUGCGGAUCAGGGUGGACACUGUGCCCCACUUCCGUGCCGUCCAGCGGUAUCUGCAGCAAGAGCGAGUACCGUUCCACACCUUCGCCCUACGCACCGAGCGGCUGCUCAAGGUGGUGGUAAAGGGCCUGCCGCCGACGCUAGCACCAGAUGAGAUUAUGGCGGAAUUUCACGACUUCGACAUAUCCGAAGUGAAAAUGAUGAAGACUCGUCGAGGAAUGCCGACUGGUCUCUGGCUCCUCACGAUCCGCAGGACGGAAGGAUACUCCCUGCCGUCCACUGUUUAUGAAAUAAGGCGAGCCUUUUACUGCAAGGUGGAAGUACGGCAGUACAAGCGGCCCAACGGACCCAUUCAAUGCCACCGUUGCCAGGGCUUCGGCCACGGAUCGGGCCAGUGCCACCGCCAGGUCCGCUGUGUCCGCUGCGGUGACACCCAUCCAGCGACCGAGUGCCCCAAGGAGCCAGCAGCCCAGGCGAAGUGCUGCAACUGUGGUGAGGCCCACACUGCCAACUACAGGGGCUGCACUUGCUACAAGAAUCUGCAACGGACUUCGUACGCGGCUGCGGCGAAAUCGUCCACGGCACCGUCGGGCCGUCAACCGCGCCGGGUCGACCCACCGGCUCCGAGACCUGACUCAGUGGACGAAGAGGCGCCUGGGGCUCCCGAGGUCGAUGACGAGGGCUUCCGGACUCAGCGCAGAAGACGUCGUCGAGCUCCUCGGAACCCGGACAACCGCGGCAGAGCUUCCGGCCCGAGACCCCGAACACCCACCCCUCCUGUGGAGCAGUCCGCCGCCCCGGCCGAGACCCCGAACCCUCGAGUGAGGCGAACUCCCCGCCCUCGCCUGGAAGUCCCACCUCGCCAGCCCAGCGGCCCUGCCCAGCAGCCCAGCAGCCCAGCCCCGCAGCCCAGCAGCCCAGCCCCGCAGCCCAGCAGCCCUGCCCCGCAGCCCAGCCGCCCUGCCCAGCCUAUCGAGCCGGCCUCAACCCCGGCCCAGUCGUCUAGGAGCCCGUCGCAGCAGUCUGAGCUGGCUCAACUCAUCUCCACGCUGAGGAGCAUGUUGGUCGUCGUCGAGCGACUUGUUGACCAGUUGACCCAACAUCAUGCGUAGACUUCGCAUCCUCACGUGGAACGCCGACGGGCUUGCCGACAGACGCUACGAGCUGACACAACUCCUCACUGACAUGGACGUUGACGUUGCCCUCAUCCAAGAGACGCAUCUGCGCGGUGGGGACAGGUUCAACGUCCGAAACUACUACACUCACCGGAC